AUGGAUGCGGCUGGAAAAAUCGGGUCCGGCAUCGCAAGGGGACAUCUUCUGAGCACUGGAGCAUUUACAGAAUGCAAAGCGAUUGAUUUGUUUUCUACUAGUCUUAAUCGAACGAUUCGCGGGGAUUAUUACAGGAUCCUCUUCGACAUCAAAAUGCGUGGAAACAGCUUCAACGGAUCGUGUCAACUUCCACAAAUCGGAGUGGAUAUUUGUCUACCGUACUCCUGUCGAGAUGAGGAUUUGACAGAUUAUUUUAGAUCAGUGAUUGGAGUUAGCAAAGAGCUCUCACCAGUUUGUAGCGUUCGAAAUGUGAAUGGGCGAGUCCCAAAAACUAGUUUUGGCACUUUUGUAGUACUAGCUCUCAUCUCGUCUAUAAUUUUUACAUGUAUUUUAUCUGGAACCGUUGACUAUUAUCAGCAAAAACGAGGAGGAGGAGCAAAAAAUGAGCAAUUCUGGCAGAAAAUUUUUAUGGCUUUCUCGUUUUAUCGAAAUAUCCAGGAGAUUUUUAAUAUGGAGAAUUGUAAUAAGGAAGGCCAAGUGACAUCUUUGAACUGUAUCCGUACCAUUUCCACGGUCUGGGUUAUCAUGGGACACUGUGCCGCUAUUUUUAUUCUAGUUUGCACCAACCCAAUGGAUCUUCUCGAUUUCACCAAAACCUACAUGGGAACUAUUCUAGUCAACGCCUAUUUUGCCGUCGACACAUUUUUCUUCAUUUCCGCCUUUCUUCUAUCGUUUCUCUGGUUCAAAACGCUCCAAAAACAGCGAAAAAUGGUGUUAUCAGCAGGCGGAUGGGUCAUGUUUUAUGUUCAUCGAAUCGCUAGAUUGAGUCCUGUUUAUUAUAUUACUAUUCUAUUUUUCACAUUUAUUUAUAUCCGGAUGAUGAGAGAUAUGCCACUUUUCAUGUCUCCAGCUGUCGCUGAUGACACCUGUCGACAGAAUUAUUGGCUCAAUUUGUUGUACAUUGAUAAUCUGGUGGACCCUGGAAAGAUAUGCUACGUAAUCUCCUGGUACCUGGCCACAGAUCUUCAAUUGUACAUCAUGAGUCCUCUAAUUCUUUUGAGUUUUGCCAUUGGUGGAACUUUCACCGGAUUACUCAUUUCCAUGAUUGCAUUUUUGCUUUCAACUGGAUUCAAUGCGUAUCAAAUGUUUUUUUGGCAUUUUCCACCAACUGACUUCGGUUUGGGACCCAAGGAUCCGAGGUACGAUCCGGAUGCAAGGAGAUACGACGUCUGGAACUACUAUAAUCCAUUAAUUCGAUGCCAAAUUUAUAUAAUGGGAAUGGUUUUGGGAUAUUUCAUGAGAAAAGUUCCGAAAUUGAAUAUUAAUCCGUGGGUGGAUCGUAUUAUGUGGAUUCUAUCGUUAUCAUCUAUGAUUUUUGUGGUUCUUAUCAUUCAGGAUUACUCAUCAGGACACCUUUGGUCACCUGUUCAAACAGCAUUUGGUUUGAGCCGAGUCAUCUGGGGAUUAUCACUAUCUUGGAUCGUGAUAUCCACAUAUUAUCGAAAAGGACUAAUCAAUGAUUUCAUGAGUUUACCAUUCUGGACACCCCUUGCCCGAUUAUCGUUUUGUGCUUAUUUGGUACAUAUCAUGGUCAGCGGAUACUUUUUCGGUAAAAAUCACUCCGAGUUGUAUUUUUCUACACUUUCCUAUUUUUUCCUGGAUACUGUACUCCCAGUCACAUUCAUCUCAUUCAUCGUCGCAAUCUUCUGGUCCACAAUGUUCGAAAUUCCAUUCGCUAAAAUCGAGGGACUAGUUUUCGGCGGUGUUGGCCGAAGAAAAACAACUCGGCCACCGAAUGAAGAAUCAAUUUCUAUUUCAAAAAUUCCAAUGGAUUUUUCUAAAGAUUUUGUUGAAAAAGAUUUAGAAAAAAUUAGAUUUUAA